AUGGAGAGGGUCCCUUUCGUCCUGUGUGAAGCUCUUGGGCACCCACGUUUUGAGUCCCCUGUGCAAUCCUGGUUUGUGAGGGAUGCGAGGGAGGAGAGGUGUCCUCUGCUCGCCCUCUCCAGCUGUAGCACGUGCCUUGCAAGGAGAGACGAUGGAGGCGGGGGUUCUCUGCUGGGGAGUGAAGGAUGCAGGACUGUGGCUUGGGGAAUCAGAGGUGAUGUGACAGUAGGGCUGAUACUGACUGCAUCUCGCAAUACUGGAGCGAGUCGGCAGCUGAUGGAACCAGCAGAUAAAAGUAAAGCAGGGUUGGGUCAGACUCCUCCAUGGUGCCCAGGUGCCUUUGCUAAGCACGAUAAAGGACCAGCUCUUGAGUGGAGGAAACCUUGGGUGCUGCGAGGAGACCAGACCCACAACCAGAGGCCAGACCCGCUGAUGCUCGCUGGGGUCUGCAUCAUGGAUCGUCUUUCUUCCCAACCUUCAGUUCAGUUUCAAGGAUCCCAAGGGCUUUUUAAAAUUCCCGAAGUUGAUGUGCCAAAUGAAGUGCAUACUUUUAACUUCUACUUGUCAAAUGUUGGCAAAGAUAGUCCUCAGGGAAGCUUUGACUGUGUCCAGCAGGUAAACUCAAGUCCUGGAGCCUCGCAACUCAGUUGCCUGGGACCUAUACAGAAUAAAAUUACAGUAUGUGCAACAAGUGAUUCCUAUCAGACGACCAGAGAGCGCAUGACCCAGGCAGAAGAGGAGUCGCGCAAUCGAAGUACAAAGGUUAUUAAACCUGGUGGACCAUUUUUAGGGAAAAGAGUACGAGGCGGAAAAGCACCACAAAGCAUUCGAGAUGCUGUGCCUGAGAGGAAGAGAUCGACACCCAUGAACCUUGCAAAUGUGAUACGGAGGACUCAAACACCGAAUGCUGUUUCUCAGCGGCCGUACAGGGACAGGGUGAUUCACUUGCUGGCACUGAAAAGUUACAAGAAACCAGAGUUACUUGUUCGCUUGCAGAGAGAUGGUGUAAACCAAAAGGACAAGAAUUCCCUUGGAGCUAUCCUUCAGCAGGUAGCCCACCUGAAUCCAAAGGAUAAUUCUUACACUCUGAAGGAUUAUGUAUUUAAAGAAAUACAAAAAGAUUGGCCUGGAUACAGUGAAACAGAUAAGCAGUCAUUGGAGUUAAUACUUUCUGGAAAAUUAAACUCAUCUCAGAAUGCCACCAGCAGCAGCGAUUUGGAAUCUACUGAAGAUGCUCCAUCAACUUCUCAGAAAGAGCUCUCAAAUUCCGAUUUUACCAGUCCUCUGAAGAAAAAGCAGAGGAUAUCUCACCUGGCCAGUCGAGUCCAACUAUCAUGCAGUGGCCCCUUGCCUACCUCCAACGAGAAGGCCGUCGCUGCCGCCCCUCCGCUGCCUCCCAGCGCUGUAACCACCACUACUCCCGCUCAGCUGCCGCUGCCUCCCACAUUCCUUCCCACUUCCAACACUCCUCAAACUGCCAUCUCCUAUUCCCUCAGCACCCCUGACAGGCAAGGGGCACAAACUCUGCCAGUGGACAGGUUCAGUCAAAAUAGCAGUAGCUUCUAUGAGGACCAGCAACAAAAAUAUACCUCUCAGGCUUCUUUGAGAGUCUUGAUGCCUGCUGGGGUGCAGGUGGAACCUCCCAAGUCCGCAGAUGAGAAUUGUGUGGUAUUGCACCAAAACCCCGAGACGGUAGAAGAGCAUAAUGAGAAGGACAAAAGCAAAAUGGAAGACGCUAUGAGUGUGAGUGAGAAGGAGAAAGACCUUAAAGAAGAAACUGCUGAGCUGAAAAAAUCCUUCCAUUUGGAUUCAGGUGAAGAAGAAACUUGCGCUGCCUCCAGAGAUACUCCUUCAUCAACAAGUGAACCACCAGACUACUUCGUAAAAUACACAGCUAUAGUCUCAUACGAGCAACGCCAGAGUUACAAGGAUGACUUCAAUGCAGAAUAUGACGAAUACAGAAAUUUGCAUGCUCGGAUAGAGAGUGUCACCAGGAGAUUCAUGAAGUUUGAUGCACAAUGGAAACUGCUUUCUCCAGGGUCCAAAGAACAUCAGGUCCUUCGUGAAGAAGUCUUAGAAGAGUAUCAAAAGAUAAAACAGUUGAGACCCAGCUACUAUGAAGAGAAGUGUAGAUGCGAGUAUCUCCACAACAAGCUGUCUCACAUUAAGAGACUAAUAGGGGAAUUUGACCAACGGCAAGCAGAGUUGUACUAG